AUCCCAAGAUGGAGUUUCUGCUGGGGAACCCGUUCAGCACCCCGGUGGGGCAGAGCCUCGAAAAGGCCACAGAUGGCUCUCUGCAGAGUGAAGACUGGACACUGAACAUGGAGAUCUGUGACAUCAUCAACGAGACAGAAGAAGGUCCCAAGGAUGCCAUUCGAGCGCUGAAGAAGAGGCUGAACGGAAACAAAAAUUACAGAGAGGUCAUGCUGGCGCUGACGGUGUUGGAGACCUGCGUGAAGAACUGUGGUCAUCGCUUUCACGUCCUAGUGGCAAACCGUGACUUCAUCGAUGGCGUUCUGGUGAAAAUCAUCUCGCCCAAGAACAACCCCCCCACCAUUGUCCAGGACAAAGUACUAGCGCUGAUUCAGGCUUGGGCUGAUGCCUUUCGAAGUAGCCCUGAUUUAACUGGAGUAGUGCAUAUUUAUGAAGAACUCAAGAGGAAAGGCAUCGAGUUUCCCAUGGCCGAUCUUGAUGCUCUGUCUCCAAUACACACACCACAGAGGAGUGUUCCUGAAGUUGAUCCUGCAGCAAAUAUGCACAAUUCGCAGUCUCAGCAAAGGAUGAGCACCAGUUCUUACUCCUCAUCUUCUCCAACGGCGUAUUCUGCUUCUCAGGCCCCGGCUCUGAAUGUGACUGGUCCCAUCACUGCUAAUUCUGAACAGAUUGCCCGGCUGCGCAGUGAACUGGAUAUUGUUCGUGGGAAUACGAAAGUGAUGUCUGAAAUGCUGACAGAAAUGGUACCUGGACAAGAGGAUUCCUCAGACCUUGAGUUACUCCAGGAGCUGAACCGAACCUGUAGAGCGAUGCAGCAGAGGAUCGUGGAGCUUAUCUCACGAGUGUCCAAUGAAGAAGUCACAGAGGAAUUGCUGCACGUGAAUGACGAUUUAAAUAACGUCUUUCUCCGAUACGAAAGAUUUGAACGAUACAGAUCGGGACGUUCAACACAAAAUGCCAGCAAUGGCGUACUGAAUGAGGUGACAGAAGAUAACUUAAUAGAUUUGGGUCCUGGCUCUCCAGCUGUAGUGAGCCCAAUGGUCGGAAACUCCGCACCCCCGUCUUCGCUCUCUUCGCAGCUUGCAGGGCUUGACCUGGGUACCAACAGCGUCAGUGGCACGCUCAGCUCUCUACAACACUGUAAUCCUCGUGACGACUUCGACAUGUUUGCACAGACGAGAGGCAGUUCCUUGGCUGAGCAGCGAAAGAACGUGACCUACGAGGAUCCGCAGGCUGUCAAAGGACUGGCGUCGGCCCUGGAUGUCCGGAAACAGAACACGGGAGGGAUCCCUGUUGCACAGUCCUCUGUCAUGGAUGACAUUGAGGAGUGGCUCAGUACCGACUUGAAAGGAGAAGAGCUGGAGGAGGGAGUGACCAGUGAAGAAUUUGACAAAUUCUUAGAAGAGCGAGCCAAAGCGGCGGAGAUGGUUCCCAAUCUGCCAUCGCCUCCCCUGGAAGCCCCCACCCCUCCAACAAAUCCUUCCAGCAGGAAAAAGCAGGAGCGCUCGGAGGAUGCCCUCUUUGCACUGUGAAGGUUGCCCUUAGCCGCCCUCCCACCCCCGUGCUCCGCGGGCGAACGUCGCUGUACGGCCACUUUGUCCUUCGCUAACGAUGGCCCCCUCCACUCCCUCCCUCCCCCGUUCCAUAGAUUGCUUCUCCUUCCCCCCUCCUCCCUCCCCAAACAACCCACGACCUGACUCUUUCUAUUUAAGUCCAACACUAUUUCUGCCAGACCACGAUUCUCCAGCACCCGCUUAAUCCCCUCCUUCCCAUCCCAGCCGCACACAACCGGCUCUGGAGGCUGAAAACCCCUUUAGAACGCGUGAGUACGUCACACCGUGUCGAAACAAAAGCCCGGAGGGGGGAGAGCAGCCUUGCCCUUCAAUUUCUGUCGGGAUCAUCCUCUUCUGUAGGCAGGUCCUGCCAAGUCGACUGCUCUGUCGAUCAGCAUGUCAUUGACUGAGCUGGAAUGUUCAGGAGGAGCGUGUCUUUAUUUUUAGAUAAAAUGUUAAUGUAUUGGCUUUCGUGUCGGAUUCGGCAGCAAGGAACAACUGUUCCCCCUUCAACAUGUGCUUCGCAAGUUAAAAAUCCUUUACUCUCCCACUCACACAUCUCCCGGUACCAUAUGGUGGUCGCUUUUUCCCCGCUCCGUGCGCCGCUUCGUAGUCUGAAUCUCACAGGGUGUUUUCUUCCUUGUGUUUUAUCCGGGCUUGCUCUGAUUCCAUUGGCCGUGUCCAGUAGCUCUGGCAGUCGACGAGCAGGAGAAACGCUGAGCUAAGCGGACGCCGUGACGUUAGCGCGUGCAGCAUUUUGCUCUUUGGGAGAGCAUUCUCACGUGGGGCUUUGGUUUUUUUUUCCCUAGUGUGUUUUGCCUUUGGGAAUAGCUAGGUUAUUUUUUCCUUACCUUGGAUUCCUUCUUCGGUGACUGUAGAGCUCCGCAGUUGUCUCCGCCGUUGUACGUAACAUCCCUGCGGAUGGAUGGGACUUGCUGGUGGCCUGGCUGUGAGCUGAGCUUCCUGGCUUCCCUGCCGUGCCUGGUGGGAUGGACGUGCCCGUUCUCGGGGGUAGCUGUGAGAAAAAAGAGGCAAACCUCACAGAGGCCUGUAGGAAAAUGCCGAGGGAGGUGGUUAUGUGGAGGGAUUAGCCGUGCUGGCCUGUGCUGUAGGUGAGACUCCUUGUUUCCUUCUCAGUUUGGGCAUGAGAAAGUGCUGGAUGACCGUGGCCGUGUGGUUUGUAAUUUUUGGAGUGUCCUUUAGAUACCUCUGCCCCUUGAUUAACUCCGAGCUCUGAUGGUGCUGCGCUCUCCCUCCCGUCUG